AUGAAAGCUUUAACCACUGGUCAGGUCAUUCUCCUUGUAGCUCAAGCCGCUGCUGCGUUGGGCUUGCCAGAGAUGAUUCAUUCUCGUGAUAGUCUGGGAAUCAAUAUCGUCGGCGGAGAUGAAGCCCCACUAGGGGAGUUUCCUUGUAUGAUAAGUCUGUCGAUGAGCGACGGGCAUCAUUGCGGAGGCGUGCUGUUAAAUGCAUAUACGGUUAUUACUGCGGCUCAUUGUGUCCUGAACACUUUGACUAGCGCUAUCAAAAUUCGUGCAGGGAGCCUGAACUGGGCCUCUGGUGGAAUCCAGGUCAACAUUUCUUCUUAUGCUGUCCGCCCCUCUUUCAACUUGGAAACAGCUGAUAAUGAUCUGGCCAUGGUGCACCUGGCAGACCCAAUUCUGGAAGCGGAAUCUAUUGGGUAUGCUACUUUGCCAUCGCAGGGCUCGGACCCGGUCGAUGGUUCUUUGACUACUGUGAUUGGAUGGGGUUAUGUGGAGGAGAAUGGGUCUGGACGAUCAGAUGUGCUACGCAAAGUCUCGAUCCCAGUUGUUUCUCGAGACAAAUGCCAGGUGGCAUAUUUAAAUUCGAAUAUCACGGAGAACAUGUUCUGUGCCGGCACAGGUGGUAAAGGGUCUUGUGACUACGAUAGUGGAGGUCCUGUCAUUGAUCAAGCCACAGGGGAAGUGGUUGGCCUUGUGUCCUGGGGCAAUGGCUGUGCCAGGUCUGACUACCCCGGCGUAUAUGUUAGGGUUGGUAAUUACGUGGAUUACAUCACUAGUUCUUGGCGGAAUCCUUGA